CUAGCUGUCCCCCUCUCCCCUUGCAUGUGAAUGUGAUCCUCUCCUCCCCUGUCCCUCCAAUACCUCCCUCCCUCCGCUGACGGAAAGCAUCCAAUCCACCGCCACCACGACAACAACGAGAACAGAGGGGGCUUUCAGAGAAGUGGAAAGGAGAGAUAAAUGCCAAUUCUAUAGAGAUACGGCAAUGUUGGUUUCCUACUCCAACUGCGUAUCUCCCACUUCCCUGUACCGCUGUCCGGUUUCUUUCAAUCUAGAAUUGAUCCAUUGAGUUGCUCGGAUCAAGCUGUUUAAUUCCUGGACUUCGGAAAAUGGCCCAGUUGCCCCCCAAGAUCCCUAACCUAUCCACCAACUGGCCCAAUUUUGGCUACCAGAAAUCCCCCUCCAUGGGCACAAUAUUCGUCCCGGCCGCCGCCCCGUCCCACGCCGCCCAGCCCUCCUGGGUCGACGAGUUCUUGGACUUCUCCACCGCCAAGCGCGGCGCCCACCGUAGGUCGGCGAGCGACUCGGUCACCUUCCUCGAGCCCCCGGCUGACGGCAGCAUCGAUGAUGGCAGGGCCCAUGAGUUCGACCGCCUAGAUGACGACCAGCUCCUCUCCAUGUUCUCCGAUGACGUGCCCCCCUUUUCGGUGGCGGUGGCGCCGGUCUCCUCGUCGAGCCGGUCGACGCCUUCCGACCACAACAGCAGCGAAGAGAAGACAGGGGAGCCGCAGGGGCAGCGGAACGAAGCGGAGGAGGCGCAAAGUACGUGCAAGGCGGAGCCCCAGGCCGCCCCGGCUGCCGCGCCACAGGCUUCAGGGCCGGAGCCAAUUGCUGAUCCCAAGAGGGUCAAGAGGAUCUUGGCGAACAGGCAAUCGGCGCAGAGGUCCCGGGUUAGAAAGCUGCAGUACAUCUCCGAGCUCGAACGCAGUGUAACAACAUUGCAGACUGAGGUAUCGGCAUUGUCUCCCCAAGUCGCAUUCCUCGAUCACCAGCGCUCCGUGCUCACCGUGGGUAACAGCCAUCUCAAGCAACGGAUUGCUGCCCUUGCUCAGGAUAAUAUCUUUAAGGAUGCUCAUCAAGAAGCACUGAAAAAGGAGUUGGAGAGGCUGAGGCAAGUCUACCACCAGCAGAGCCUCCAGCAGAUGGGAGCUCCCACGUCGGAUCCCGCCGUUCCCGCUGACAACGAGCUCCUUGCUCCUUAGCCAAGGCAGAGGCACCGGCCGCGCCCACCCAUGUGACGCUUCCGCUUAGAAGCCCUCGUGGGCCGUAGGGCCCAGCUUUCCGAGGCCGAUGGCUCCAAUGGUGGACACUAGAUUGUCCUUUGUUUGUGUUGCAGCCCGGUUGGGGUAAACUAUUUACCCAGUUUGGAGGUCGUAAAGGUUGUGGUGGUGGAAGUUGUAACCUGUGCAACUUUGUUGUAUUUUGUUUUCUAUUUUUUUAAUUAUUUUGGAAUGGGGCAGAGGAGGUGGUGGGGAAGCACCGCGUGGGGGACGCAUGAGAGGGUUUGUCGGGAUAUUAUGUGUACCACUGAUGGGCGUCUCCCUUGGUUGCAAUGCAUUGGAUGGAGACCAAGAAAACAGUUGGGAGGUCAUCUUUUUUUGGAUUCAUUUUUGCUAUGCACGAUCGGUACAUAUUUGAAAGACCCUUACGAAGAAAAAAAAAAUUACGAGUCCAAA